AAGCUUAUUAUUGUGGGUUACUCGAAAAGAAACGUGUACAGUGUGGAAGGCUAUGUAAGCAGACACAACAGUAUGGUUUUUUGUCAAGAGGGAGAGGGAGAGGGAGAGGGACAGGAGAUGAGAGAGAAAUGGAUUUAAGAAGAGUCUCUCAUGGGUGGUGAGGAGACACCCACUCGUGUGUGCCUUCAAAGAGAUAGAGAUAGAGAUAGAGAGAGAGAGGUUUUAUAAUUUUUAGAGAGAGAAGGAGGGGCUUGAAAAGCCCACCCAGGCCAAGGCCAUUGAGGUCAGGAUCAGUCAGGGUAGUGAGAGAAAAGCUCAGAGUAGGAGCCGUGUGGGUUUCUGCAAAAUUCUUUUGCUCUUUCGAGUUUCAAGUUUCCAUCCCCCCUCCCCAUGUACUGUAACCUCUCAGCUUCCUCUUCUUUCCAUAUCCCCAUCAAUCUCCCUCUCUCUUUCUCUCUCUGAAAAUAGCUCUCACAGGCUAUGAAGAUGACCCUGCAACAGUUCCCGAACACCAUUUGUCACCAAGAAAACGAAGGCAUGACAACCAAGUAUAUUAAUGAUUCCCUUAACCUUAGGCUUCACUCUCAAUCUCAAUCCAUGGGGCUCUUCUCUGAUAAAGCUUCCUCCUCGUCCUCCUCUCUCUCUCUCUACGAAACCCGCAUCUCUCUGAGCCAUGGCUUCGGGUGCUCUGGUUCUUCAUCAAAUGAGAGUUACAGCAAGAGCGAGAGAGGCCUCAACGCCAUUGAUGAGGGCAGCAACCAUAACCCAAUUGAUGAAACCAUGAGUGAGAACCUGGUUCUCAAAGAACCCGACUCCGGGCAAUCGAAGCUCUGUGCCAGAGGCCAUUGGAGGCCAGCUGAGGACGCCAAGCUCAAGGAGCUCGUGGCCCUUUAUGGCCCGCAAAACUGGAAUUUGAUCGCUGAGAAGCUAGAAGGGAGAUCAGGGAAAAGCUGUAGGUUGAGAUGGUUUAAUCAGUUGGAUCCAAGGAUAAAUCGUAGAGCUUUUAGUGAAGAAGAGGAGGAGAGAUUAAUGGCAGCUCAUAGAUUGUAUGGCAAUAAAUGGGCCAUGAUUGCUAGGCUUUUUCCAGGGAGAACUGAUAAUGCAGUGAAGAACCAUUGGCAUGUGAUAAUGGCGAGGAAAUACAGAGAACAAUCGAGUGCAUACAGGAGGAGGAAGCUGACGCAGGCUGGUGUGCAGAGGAGGCUGGAAGGGGGCGGAGUUGUUUCUCUCUCCAACCCAACUUCCUUUCUCUCUCCUCCGAGCCCGUCUGUAACCAGUGGGAGAGGGGAUUCAAGGUCUAGUUGCAGGCCACCAGUUGAUCUCCUCUCUGGUAUCAAGAAAGCGAAGAAUAGCUUCUUCAGCAACGGUGGAAAGAGGUGGAACCAUAACCGUGAGCAUGAUGAUGAUGAUGAUGAAGCCAUGACUAAUUCUCUCUCUACUGCUUUUAUCUCUCAUCAACAUGACCAUCAUCAUCCAUCUCUCAUGGCCAUGAUGAUGAUGCAUCAUCAUCAUCAUCAAGAACAAACUGCUCCUGUUUAUUACUCUCUACAAGCCUCAGAAAGUCCAGAGAAGAGCAGCCACCAUUUUGAAAGCACAGUCUCUCUCCCUUUCAUCGAUUUCCUUGGAGUUGGGGCUACGUGAUGUUAGAUAGAGGGAGACCACAGAUUGUGUGAGCCAGCCACUAGAGAGAGAUGCCUUUCUUUGUUCCAUGUAAAGAGACUACCCGGUCUAAAUGAAUAAUUUUUAUUGGAGGAAAAGCAAUGAGAAAACUCAUCGACUGUUCAUUAUAUUAA